AUGGCGGAGAUGCAACUACAGACUCGUGUUACCUCAGAUACUAUACGAGACUUGUGGAACUCUUUGAAGUCGCCGCAACAACAGCAACGUUUUCAGUACAGUCAGCGGCAUCAGCAGAAUCUUCAAUGUGGCCAACACCAGCCACACCAUCUCCCAUAUAACAAGCAUUCGCAUCUCCAAUGCGGUUUCCAACAUCAAACGGCUCCAGUUAGACUUGGUCGCUAUCCUUCCAGUUCGGAGUCAAUUGGAAUAGUGCGACAGUCUCCUCCACCGAUGCUGAGUGCCGAAGUGCCGGAGUUCUUCCCGAAGGGACCGAUGAGUCGAUUAAAAGAUUAUCAGAAACAGUCGGUACCUUUGCAAUUUUUUCCAUCAUCGACAGAGAGGAGCUAUCAGGAAGAACUAUUUCCGUACAACAAGGGGCGCAUACCAGGAAGUGGAAAUGUUCUUCAAAACGCGGGCAUACCAAUACAACAAGUUUCUAACGCAACUUCCAUUACCCGACCGUCACAUCAAUGGAUCCAAAGACCGAGUCGUGCUUUACACAUACAAGUCCCGGUCUGCCCUUCGCCUCGUCAACCAGUUUGUACGCCUUUGCAGCCUGUCUGUCCAGCAUUCAUUCAACGCCGGAUACAAGUUCAAGAUAAGUUCGCAGGAAACGUUACACAGCAAAAUAUAGGACCUGCCUCCACGGCUAUCCCUGUCUACCAGAAACCACCAGAACUUUAUAACGAUCCUUCCCAAAGGCGAAAGAAUCAAGGGGUUGAUUUCAACAACUUGAUAUUACUGACUAAAAGCGCUAUGAAGGCUAGGCGAAAUCAGUCAAAGAAUCCCCAACAAAGCUCUAGCUUUAUCUUGGAGUCUAGACAGCCGAAUUUAAAAUCGGAAAUCGACGUGUUACAGUGGCUCGAGAAGGGAUAUCCGAAGAGAGCGAAAGAAUUCGUUGCAGUAAAUACACUUGUCUCAGAUUUUCGAAGUUUUGAACUGAAAUGCAACGACGAAACAACCGUAUUAUUGAAUCAAGAUAUCGAAGAAGAGAAUAAUGAUCCGAAGGAUGUACCUUCACCAGAUUUGGACAAAUCUUUAGCAAAGUUGAGUGAAGUUGAUACGUCUAGUGAUAUACCGACAAAGAGAAGGCUCUACAGAGAUGUAUUGACCAAUUCUUCGUCCCCGGGAAUUAUUACCGAAAAUAUUUUCGACAGACGUUACGACGAACUAGAACGGCAAGCCAUGGAACAGUAUAGAACGUCCGAAGAGUGUUUAGCUCUCAAGUAUCAAGAACUGGAACGGCAAGCCAUGGAGCAAUACAGAAACUGCGACAGUGGAGCCGGUAGCACAAGUAAUAGUCAAAGUCAAAACCCAUCUCCAGCUCCUCCGGUGAAGAGUACACAGCGAGACCAAAGCAAAUCGGUUAUUGAAGACAAGGAGUGCAUCGGAGGUCACAAGUGUUCGGGGUUCGGACACUGCAGUCCCGUAAAGAACGCUCCGUCCCCAAAGAAAAAAGGUACCCAGCCCCACCAACCAAUAACGAUAUUAAGACCGGAAAGUAGACUUGGAGUAAGUGCUUGUUUACAUCGCGGGGAUUUUCACAACAAAUGCUCCCGCCCAGCCGUUGUUACGAAAAGCCUCACAGCCUUAAAUCAAAGACUUUACCAGGAUUCGAAAAACACAACUAGGGGUGCAUCAGGAGAUAAGAUCGACGGAACUGCUCGAGCGUCACCAAAAAGGCGUCUGAUACUGAUGUCACCCUCAAAGCUCGAAUCAGACGCCAUGAUGACGGGGACACCAGAUUUAGAAGGGACGUAUACAUUUCAAUCAAUGAACAGGCGGAUAUCAGAAUCUUACCAAAACUCGGAAGUGAUACAAACCGGGGGCGGAGAUGAGAAGGUCACCAUUCUACGAUCACCCAGAAUGGAAGGUAUCCGAAAACAGUUAUUUCUAUCCAACGAAGGAUUAAUGGACAGUUCUCCGGAAAGUUUGGCCAUCAGGCUUUUGGAGUCGACCGAGGGAGGCGGACCUUGCAUGAAAAUGGAGUUUCUGAAAAGUUCGAAAGAAAAAAUUGUCAGUGUUUCUUCAGAGACGUCUAUCGCUCCAGUCGUCGUAACAGCAAAGGAAGCCCAACAAAAAUCGUUUCUCUCCACCAUAGGAUAUUCGCUUUGGAAAGAAGAACUAGCACAUCAAAAAAUUUCAAAUCGCGCAACUAGAAACAAGAAGAAACAAUGCAAGUCUCACAAUAUAGUUACGAUUGAGAAACCUCAGCUUCAUUGUACAAAUACGUUACCGAUGAAACCAAUCGACCUUUCACCUCAAGCAAAGGACGCUGACAUUGAACUAGUCGAUAUCGAUCCCCACGAUAACAUAACGGUAACCAAAGUACGAAACGUACUUACAAUUAGUGAGUUUCACUUAAAGUCGAAGACAAACAACGGAGACCGAAAGAUAUUUCCGUCAUCUCACUUCGUACCAACGACUUUCAAGAAUGGAAAUCACCUCCGAGUCACUAAUUUUUUUCCCUAUUAUUGUUCGAGUACCCUUGAUAAUACCAGCUUACAUGUAUGUACUUCGUAUCGUAGUGGUCGAGCCGAGGAUACCGAAAAAAUUGUCUUUCACGCUGAUCUUCAUUCGGAUCCAGCGAAUUUGUUCCAACCGGCGCAAAUUGAUUUGAAAAAUAAAAUCUGGUCAGAAAAUAUACUGACAGUUCGAUGGUACAACGUUCAACCGACAAAAGUUUACAACUUGCGUUUGCUGAGUCCUUUUCAACUAUUGCCUUUAUGGAACAACUAUAAGACGAAUAGUUUACAAGGAUCAAUUGGCGCUGGAACAGCUCCAAUGCCUGGAAGAACCCAGACUGGUAGCGUCACGUCAAUCAUUGUACACAAUCCUACGCUACAAAGUUAACGCACGAGUCUGCCCACAAAGUUCGCGGUGAUUCAAUCAAUUCACAAACAUUUCCACUCCUGCCUUUCGUCGCACUUUUCUUUAGCGAGCAAAACUUGCGUUCAUAUCGCAAGAAAAACUUUCGCUACGUUAAGACCAAGUUUAAAGUCAUAUUCCCUUAUCACAAUCUUGUCGGAAAUGUCAAUAAAGUAUUGUAAUAUUUGUAAAAUCGUCGCACUAACGAAUCUCUGAAGAGACUGUUGAACGUAUGAGUACAAAAUAGUCACUGACCACCAAUGAUAUAAAUCUAGGUAUGCAUUUACUGGCAUGACAAAAAUGUUACUUUUCAAAAGCAUGUCACAGCAAUGAAACUUUGCUUCUACAAAAAAUUUAACAGAACUAAAUAGUCCACGCAGACUUUAUUAAAUAUGACGUGGCUAUUAAUCUGUCUGCAACAAAUUUACUUUAUGGAGUUCGCGGACUACACCGUUUGUCUAUUAACUGUUUGCGCUCAGCCUUCAAAUUUAUAACGAUUACGACCAGUGAGUUGUUUUCUGUACUUUCCCUUAGUAACUUGCUAUGUUAUCUUAGUAUUAUGCACAUUUGAUAUUGUUGGCAAAGGUAUUGGUCUCAUCGUUCUUGAUAUAUUAAAAUGUUAAGAUGAACAAAUUACCCUGUGGCUUUAAAUUUGUACAUGAAUUCAGCAGCAAUAUUGGCUUGAAGUUGUUUUAGCCGAAAGAAAGUUCUAUGUGUAUCUCCACUACCGUGCUAUAAAUUGGUAUCCCGUUAAAACACAUAUACUGCUAUCUCAAUUUAGUUAUGCAAGAUGAAUAACCAUAAUCCCAAAUAUUAUUGGAAAACUGGUAGGUAAUAUGUUUUCACUACUCGACGUUCUUGCAUGAAUUAUACGAAGAUGAACAUUAAGCACAAGCGCUCAAUGCCAAAAAUCUCGAAAGCACG